GGGCAACUGGUCAACUUUUCCUCUGCACAGGUGCCGGAGAGGAAGAGGCUGAGCAGAGGGAAGGAAGAUGGCGAAGAGCCGGGGGCUGAGGAUCCUUCUCCCCCAUCUCCUCUAUAUCCUGACCGUCAGAUGCGCCCGGUGCCAGAUGGUGGAGGCACCGACUGAUCCUCCAAAACAGAAGCCGAGUCCAGUGACGUCAGAGACGGUGGUGUUCUGGGGGCUGCGGCUCUGGCAGGUCAUUGGGGUCUUCUCCAUCUUUGUUCUUGCAGUCAUCAUCACCCUCUGCUGCAUCUUCAAGUGUCGCAUCCCGAGGACCAAGAAAGAGAUUGAGGCGCGUUAUGCCCAGCGCCAGGCGGGGAAGGAUUACGCCGACAAACUAGAGUCUGUGCCCCCAUUAAAUGAGCUGACAGAGAUCCCUGGAGCUCCCAAGGCCGAGCCUAAAAAGAAAGAAGUACCUACUGUGUCAGGGAAAGUAGACGCAGAAGACGCCAAGAAAGACAAUGCAAAAGGCAAGAAGAAGGAAGGAGAGAAAGGCAAAGAAGACGGGAAGGCUGAAGGGAAAGAUGGCAAGAACAAAGGAGAAGGAAAGGAGGGCAAAGAUGGUGGAAAGAAGAAGGAUGGCGAAAAGGGAGGACCUGAUAAGAAGAGCAGCAAAGAGUCUGCAGGUGGAGCAAAGGCUGGAGGCAAAGGAGGGAGUGACAGUAAAGCUGGAGGCAAAGGAGGGGGGGACACCAAGGCUGGAGGCAAAGGAGGAGGUGACACUAAAGCUGGAGGCAAAGGAGGGGGGGACACCAAGGCUGGAGGCAAAGGAGGGGGGGACACCAAGGCUGGAGGCAAAGGAGGAGGUGGAGAAUCUAAAAAAACACCAGCUAAAAAGUAAUGACUAUGACAAUGGACACUAAAUUCUACUGCCAACCAGCCCACCUGGACUCAUGAUGUUCUCUAUGUAUUUAUUUGUCUAGAUAAAAGAAAAAAAAAAAAUUAUAACUUUUUGUUAUUUGGCCAAAGAUUGAAAAGGCUUUUUCUAUGGGAAAUGUGUAAAGAGGAAGUUUAGGUCUUUUUGCUGUAGAAAUGUGCAAUAAUAAGGAUCUAAUAAAACAAUGACUUGUGGGUUUUCUAUGCACUAAGAAUUGUGAA